AUGGCCGCAUAUCAAGGACAUUGCAUCUGCGGUAGUGUUGAGGUGUCGUUGAAGCAAGAGCCGCCAAACUCUGUGAUAUGCCACUGCGGCCACUGUGCUAGAUCUGGAGGGGGCGCUUCGAUCAACUAUCUCGUUGACGAGUCCGACCUCACCGUCGACAAAGACAACACCCUCAAGGAAUUCGAGGAUACAAAGACAGUCAGCGGGAACCACAUUGUGCGCAAAUUCUGUGGAGCCUGUGGCAGCCCUGUGUUCACAAGGAGCCCUAGUUACCCCGGAAAGCUUUUCCUCAAGGCUACUCUGUUUGACCAUAUCUCGACUCCGGCCAUGGAGGUGUUUACCGAUCGCCGGCAGGCCUGGCGGCAGCCCAUUGAGGGGGUUCCCCAGUUGUAG